AUUAUGAGUCAGUUCUAACAGUGAAAAGUGACAAAAACUGAUCUAAAGAGUGAAAGUCAGUUCUGGUUGAAGGGAUUUAAAUGAAUAUCUGAAAAUGACAUUUUAGGUAAUAUUACAUUAAACUAUGAAUGGAUUAUCAGUGUGUAAAACCUGAACUGUAGAGACUACCAUGUGACCUCACCUGUCCUCAGGUCAGUCUCGCGCUGUUUUGUUUUUUCUGGUUGAACUUUUAACCGGAAAUCAUCAGCUGCGCAUGCGCCACCUGCUGAGCGGCUCGGACUCGGUAAAGUUCUCCGCAGUGAGCCGAACCAGCGGCGGAACCGGAGCCAUGGAACCCCACACGGCCUCCCCGGACGAUCCGGUUCAGGUGAAGGUGGAGCCGGACGGGGACGUGGAGAUCCAGUCUUACCCGGUCCUCAGGAAGCUGUCCAUCACUCUGACGGACUGUAGGUCGUGGCUGGAGGGGCGGGACUUCCUGUCUCUAGGCCAACACCCUCAACUCUGCGAGUUUACGCCACUGCAGCAGCCUUCCACCAACACCGGCAGGAAGAUGGCGUACUGCCCCGAGUGUAAGAAGGGCUUCUACAAGCAAUCUCACCUGGAGGCCCACCUGAGGGUCCACCAAGGCCAGAAACCCAACGAGUGCUGGCAAUGCGGGAAGACCUACCCGACCCUGAUGAGCCUGGUGGUCCACCAGCAGAUCCACGACCGCCAGGAGCCGUACCGCUGCUCGUACUGCGACAAAACCUUCGCCCUGAAGAGGGACUGGAAGACCCACCACCGCACGCACUCCGGUACCAAACCCUUCAAGUGCUGGUUCUGUGGAGACGGGUUCUGCGAGCAGGACGAGCUGACAGAGCACCUGCAGCAGCACCAGGGGGAGAAGUGCUACCGUUGCUCGGUCUGCGACAAGAUGUUUGUGUCCUACCAGGGCUUCAACUUUCACCGCAAGUCACACAAGAGCCAGACGUUGCUGCCGUGCAACAGGUGCGACAAGACCUUCACCAACCCUCAGAGCCUGAAGCUGCACCAGGUCACGCACUCCAGCAAGAAGCCGCACAAAUGUCCCACCUGCGGGAAAGGCUUUAAGCUGCAGAGCGGCCUGCGCUGCCACCAGCGCACCCACGAUGACCUGCGCGACUACCACUGUGCCGAGUGCGGCAAGUGCUUCUCCAGCCUGCAGGGCCUGAAGCUGCACAACCGGACCCACACCGGCCUCAAGCCCUACAAGUGCCCCGAGUGUGGCAAGAGGUUCACGCAGUCUCCACACCUCAAGUCCCACAUGGUGACCCACACCGGUGAGCGGCCGUUCCUCUGCACCACCUGCGGCAAAAGGUUCACGCAGUCGUCCCACCUGAGGUCCCACAUCACGCUGUUCCACGUGGGCGAGAAGCCAUUCAGCUGCGAGGACUGCGGCAAGAGCUUCACCAUCGCCCACUACCUGAAGAUGCAUCGGCUGAGCCACACCAAGGAGAAGCUGUACCAGUGCUCCUACUGCCAGAAGUCCUUCUCCUACCACAACUCGUGGCGGGCGCACGAAAGGAUCCACACCGGCGAGCGUCCGUUCAGCUGCCAGGACUGCGGCCAGAGCUUCAUCACAUCGGGCUCGCUGCUGAGCCACCAGAGGGCCAAACACACCGGCGAGAAGAGCCACUACUGCAUCACCUGCGGAGAGUUCUUCUUCACCAGCUCGCUGCUGCGCGUCCACCAGCUGGACCACACCGGGGAGCGGCCGCAUGCCUGCAGCUGCGGAAAAACCUUCAAGACCAAAGGCGUGCUGCGCUACCACCUGAAACGCUUCACCGAGCACCGACCCUCCCAGUGACCCGCCACCUGGAGGGGGCGUGGCCACAGACAGGUGCAACAGGAAGGAUGCCUCUUCAGGUGGUCUGAGCUGGAGCUGGACUGUCUGGAGGAGCAGCUCCACCUACUGGUUGGAGGGUUUCUUUCACUACAUGAGGACAGAAACUCCUGAAGGACACACAUCAGAACCUGUCAGGUUUUAGUUUCUUCAGCAUCAUCAGAUGAACUCUACAGGAACUCUCCCAAAGAACCACAAACACUAACAGACUUUAUCUCAUGUUCCAUGCACUGCUCCAGAGCAUCUAACACGUGUUCUCCUCAGAGUGGUCCACCAAUGAAGGUCCAACCCAUCUGAUCAGUUAUUGAUCUGAAGGUUUAAUGGAGCUGAUCAGUUAUUGAUCUGAUCAGUUAUUGAUCUGAAGAUUCAAUCCAUCUGAUCAGUUAUUGAUCUGAUCAGUUAUAGAUCUGAUCAGUUAUUGAUCUGAUCAGUUAUUGAUCUGAAGAUUUAAUGGAGCUGAUUGGUUAUUGAUCUGAUCAGUUAUUGAUCUGAUCAGUUAUAGAUCUGAUCAGUUAUUGAUCUGAAGAUUUAAUGGAGCUGAUCGGUUAUUGAUCUGAUCAGUUAUUGAUCUGAAGAUUUAAUGGAGCUGAUCAAUUAUCUGAUCAGUUAUUGAUCUGAUCAGUUAUUGAUCUGAAGGUUUAAUGGAGCUGAUCGGUUAUUGAUCUGAAGGUUUAAUGGAGCUGAUCAGUUAUUGAUCUGGUCAGUUAUUGAUCUGAUCAGUUAUUGAUCUGAAAUUUUAACGGAGCUGAUCUGUUAUUGAUCUGAUCAGUUAUUGAUCUGAUCAGUUAUUGAUCUGAAGAUUUAAUGGAGCUGAUCGAUUAUUUAUCUGAUCAAUUAUUGAUCUGAUCAGUUAUUGAUCUGAAGGUUUAAUGGAGCUGAUCUGUUAUUGAUCUGAUCAGUUAUUGAUCUGAUCAGUUAUUGAUCUGAAGAUUUAAUGGAGCUGAUCAUUUAUCUGAUCAGUUAUUGAUCUGAUCAGUCAUUGAUCUGAAGGUUUAAUGGAGCUGAUCGGUUAUUGAUCUGAUCAGUUAUUGAUCUGAUUAGUUAUUGAAGUGAAGGUUUAAUCGAUCUGAUCAGUUAUUGAUCUGAAGAUUUAAUGGAGCUGAUCAGUUAUUGAUCUGAUCAGUUAUUGAUCUGAUUAGUUAUUGAACUGAAGGUUUAAUCUAUCUGAUCAGUUAUUGAUCUGACAGAAGAGAAUGUAAUGUGACAGAACCGCAGCAGAGUGACACCUCUUCUCGUCUGUACCUAUCUGUGCUGUCGUGUGUUUUUAUUCUCUGGAUUCAUCAGUCAGCUGUUUGGUCUAAAGCGUGGAUCAGAGGUUCCUCAAACGGUCCUCAAAUGUCUGGUUUAGUCCAGAUAUCUUCAGUUUUCUGUCCCAGAGGAAAGAUGCUGCCAUCUCUGAAGUUAUUCAUUUAAUUGUUGAUUAUUGAAGAGCUGUUUGAUCGAUUGAUUGUAGCGGCUCUGGUUUAAAGCUUUCUAAGGACAGAAAUAAAAUGUUUCAUCCAGUUUUUAAUCUUCUGCUGCUGCAAACUGGAGUGUUGUCACUUUUUACACCUUUUUAUUUCUGAAGAACAAAUAAAGGAAAUGAGUUUAUCUGAACUGAAACGUGAUCUGGUGCUGGAGAGCAGAGAAACCGUUCAACAUAUGGAGUCACAUGACCUGACAGCCGACCAAUCACAGCCGGACUGUCCACCGGAACCCCGUUAAUGCUGCUCUUAGUCAUCAUGUUCUGCUCCAUAAUAAAAACCUAUCAUGUUCUUUUA